UAUGAUCCCAGCAACACUGUAUUUGGUCCUGAUGGCGUUUCCAGUAGUUUGGGGAAAGUGGGUAGAAGGCAGAGUCGAUUCAAAAGAGAAUUGGGCGUUCCUAUCUCGGUUCUGCUUCCUGUCUCUAGAAGGGCAGUUUGAAUAUUUGAUAGAGUUCGAAAGGGACAUGGGUACACCCAACUUAUUAUUAUAUUAUGACGAAGAUAGCCAGUGGCCGUCUGUUUACCACAGUAGUAAGACUUGCAAGGAACGUGAGGCGGUGUUAAAUAAAGGUGGUCAGAAUCAAAUUAUAAAAUUAUCACACUGGUAUCCAGAGACAGAAAAUUCGGGUUGCAUCCUUACGCAGGCUAAUAAAGAAUAUCCCGCAACAAAGAGUUCCACUACACCAAGUCCAAAAACCACACGUAAAAGUACCGUGUCAACGACAAAAUUAAAGAACAACAGUUCAAAUAUAACAAAAUUCGAGUUACCAUCAGAUCCAACCUAUUACGACCAGUUCUUGAAAACUACCACCCCAAAACCUAGAGCCACUAUAGUUGAUACAAAUUCUACCACGUGGUACGAAUUAUUGCCUACGGAUGAUUUUGUUACCACUACACCGUUGCCGGAAGAUGAACUGUGGGAAAGCAUUGGUCCGGAAAAAAACGGCAGCCUAUUUGAAAAUCUCAAGGAUGUUGAAAUAUUAUUCGAUAAUCAUAAUAGCAGCGGACAUAAAAUAAAGCGUUCAACAUUCGAGCUCUACGAACGCUAUAGACGUCGACGUCUCUACUCAGAAUCGAAUCAGAAUGGGCCCAGCAAUUCAAACGAUAAGACGGAGAGAUUCAUUGUAUCAUGUCAUAAUUCAAGGAGAUUCCGUUCUGCAAGGGAGAGAUGGUGGUUUUUAGCUAUCAGCAACUGUGAUAGUCCUAAGGGUCUAGAUAUUCGAUACAAAUUCUUGAUGACCAAUGGACCAUCUGGCGAUUUUUGGCACGAACAUUUCUCUGCAGAUGAAUUUUAUGUGCUUCCAAUCCUGUUGGCAUACACUUUCGCUUACGUCAUAGUAAUGGUUGCAGUGGUUAUGUGUAGCGUGGAAUUAAAAGCUCGACAUCUUUUGCACUCUACGUACAAACUAUUCUUAAUGUCAAUAGUGGCGCAGCACUUCGGUGUAAUGUUGCAAAGUUUAGCUGGCAUCAAAUACGCUUAUAACGGAUUUGGGAGUUAUACUGCCAAGACUAUAGGUCAGUUUUUAUGCGGCAUCUCCGAAACUUUGUUUCUGUUACUUCUUAUUUUAUUGGCUAAAGGAUAUACCAUAACUCGUGGACGAUUGAAGGUUGGAUUUACAGUUAAAUUGACAGUCUUCAUGUGCUGCUACAUAGUCACCUACAUCGUGCUCUUCGUUUAUCAGGCUAGGGCUUUUGAUCCUGGCGAAGUCCUAUAUCUAUACGAGAGUCCAGCAGGAUACGGGCUCAUUGUUUUGAGAGUAGCUGCUUGGUGUGCAUUUGCGUAUGCUACCUUUUUCACAGUAAAGAAGUAUCCAGAAAAGAACAUGUUCUACUGCCCAUUUUUCAUAUGCGGUACGCUGUGGUUCUAUGCGGGGCCACUUUUCAUAUUGACAGCAAAUUCGUAUAUAGAUAAAUGGGUCCGCGAGAGUGUUGUUACUGCCGUGCUGCUUUUUAUUACAUUCUGCGGUCACAUUAUGUUCUUGCUGUUAACACUGCCAGUUUUUGCAAACAAGAAUUUUCCGUAUCACGUCAGGACAACUCAGAUUGGAGUUAUGGAGGUGACUCGGAGUUCCAAUUUGGAUAGAUUCGGCCCUAACGCCUAUCAUCCAAGCGAUGGAGCUGCCCAGACGGUUAUUAUACCACUGACGAGGAGAACGGAAGAGCUUAUAGGGAACAUGUACAACCAAUACAUGGCAACAGCGCCCCCGCUGUCAUUGGACAACGAAACACCGAAACUGAACGGCACAGCCCAUAGGAUAGACUCUAUACAUUCCAAAAACGGCCUUUUGCCACAAAGCAGUACCGAAACAAACAACUCCGAUGAUAUAAAUCCGUCGAUAAAGGAAGAAAAAGAAGUUUUUACCAUCGAAAAGCAAAUGGCAAAGAUAGAAAAUGACGCAAAAGACUCAGUGUUGCCACUUAAUGAGGAUCCAACUAUGGGGAGUUUGGAAAGUGAUAGACUAGAUUUACCCCAAGUUUUGAGGUCGAGACGGAAUAUUCUUGAACCUAUUAACAGGGAUGUCCCGGUGUGGUCGUUAGCUAAAGGGCCCUGUGUUGUUGCUAUGCAGUUGAAGAAGUCCAAAAGUAUAGGUGAUGAAGAUUCUUCCGAAACUCCACCAACAUUGCAUUCAAACGGCAAAAAAGCGCCAGUCCGCCAACAGACCACCGCUGGAGAGAUGAGCACCAUUCAUGAAGGCAGGGAGAAGACCUAUGUGAGAACACCCACCGACAUAUUCACUGUUCCCACCAGGGGUUGACUGUUAAUAAGAAUAUAUUA